ACCCAUGGACAUAUGCCCUGAGGCGAUGUUGGAACACACUGAAAAUUUGUCGGAUGUUACACCACUAAAGGACGAAAAGAGGCGGAAGACCAAUUUACAACAUAACAAACCCAAGAAAGCAAACAAAAUGGUUAUCCCACAAGGUUCGUACUUCAUUUGCGGUUAUUAUUCUCUUCGUUGUGCUGCAUUAUUUUCUGACCUAACUAUUUUGUGGCACACUGCCAUAUUAUAUGCAAGAUUAUGUCUGCACUUCCGAAGAUAUAGAUGUUGUCAAGUUAAUCAUGUCUGCACCAAAAAAUACCAAGUUUGUGGACAUCGGUGAUGCGUUGUUAUCAAACAAUGACUUAAGAUGCCUUACGCAAGAUGGCAUGUUCUUGCACGAUGGUGUCAUAAAUGCUUACAUAUAUUGUAUAAGUGACCGUGGUCAUCUCCGGGAUAGAGCCGGUGGAAGGGUGCACCUAGAAAGCACGUUCGUAUCCAGCCGGCUAAAGAGACAUGGAGAACGUGAGAUAGACCCAUCAGAUCAUCGCCGCAUUGUGGAACGGAUGGAUAAGUAUUUGAAGAAUGACAUGGUCUUCCUUCCGAUCAACGUUACUGCCUCUCAUUGGUAUGUAAUAGUUGUCAACGCGAAAAAAUGUGUGAUUCAAGUGCUAGACUCACUUGGUGCUGUUGUAAAACGGAAUGACGUCACUCUUACAUUGAGAGGACUUGAGAAGCAUCUGAAGAUCGCAUCCCAAAAAAAGGACUUUAACAUAGGUGAAAAGUGGCAUGAUCUCAAUGUUACAAAAUGGCCAGUUAUAGAACAGUUUCCAGAGCCUAUGCAGACUGAUGGUGCAUCAUGUGGGUUGUUCAUGAUAAAUUUUAUGGAAUAUUGGAUGGGCGAUAUGCUGACUGACCAUGUCAUACAGGAAGAUAUGAAUGAAUUCCGACCAAAAUUAGCUGCCAUAUUGUAUGAUUCAGAACUGAAUAAGAUAAAAGGUAGCCCGAUAUACGCACAAUCUGACAAAGAAGAAAAUGGAUCUGAUUCUGAUAUUGUGGUGCUGCCGAAUCCAAAGCGACCAUACUCAUCCGAUGUAGCCGAAGAUGAUAGAGUCAAAGAAAAGCGUCCUAUUCUGGUCCACAUGAUGCCCACGGAUCCACGCAUGUUAGUUCACGAGCUUUGCAAAUACAUCAUGUCGAUUCAAGACGCCAAACUUUUGGAGCAGGAAUGGGUUCGGAGUUCCAAACCUUAUCCUAUAGGCUUGAAUCUUAAGAAAAUCCAGGAAAUACUCAGAGUUGACAGGCCCAUGGACAAUGAUUGUUUCAACUUGGGAGUACGCAUAGUGGCAUGCGAUGAGAUCCUGCAGAUGGUAGAAACUGAUGUGCACUACAUGGAUCUACGUUUUUGUACGGCGAUGGUCGAUUCCACCCGAGGUCACAAGUGGCGAGUAAAGCCAAAUAUUCAAUCACCGGCAACAUUGUUUGAUAGUUGGCCCGGGACACCCUACAAAAUCUCUUCACGCAAAUUGGUUUUGCUUCCUUAUGCAUCCAGGGGACACUUUAACUUGUUCUCCAUUGAUAAGCAAGCAUCUUCUGUAUCUAUUUUGGAUCCUCUUUCGGUGUUUCCAUCUCUAGAGAGUAAGAUGGUUCGAUCUCACAACUUGCAAUUGAAGUUACAAAGAAUUGCAAUCUACCUAAGCGACGCACUCGCAUUAGCACAACCUGGUUGGGAUGCCGAUAUAUUUUCCUGGCCACGUACAUCACCAGUUGGUAUUCCAGAAAAUCCAGACAGUAAUGCGUCAGGUUAUUUCGUGUUUUACAUUAUGCUCUCAUGGAAUGGUAAAGAAUUGGUUCAUCCAAUAUGCACGGAUGGUUACGAGUUGCGGAAGAACUUUUUGAUACAUGUUCUCAAGUGUCAUGAAAAUGAAGCAGAAGAAAAUAUCCCUGCCAUUGUACACCAAUAUUUGAGAAGCAUCAAGGAGUAGAUAUUAGUUGAUCGAAAAAAUUAGUCGAGCGCUUAUUAUCUUAUUCAAAUGUUGUCAGUUACGUCUGUUCUUCAAAUAUACUUCAAACAAGGUUCUUAGAAUACCUCGUGGAUGUAGUUUUAUACACAAUAUUGAGUUAUUGUAAAAAAGCCGUGGCAACGCACGGGCAUUCCGGGAUGAUUAUGCUUCUUCAAACUUUGAAUCUCAUUAAUUUUUUCAUUUAGUCAGAUCAAUUUGGCCUCGUGUGCCGCUCAUAUUAGAGCGCCCACUUGCUAUGCUGCCAGACAUGGCAUUCUCCAUUGAUGAUGAAAGUUAGGAGAAAAUAGCUGUAACCAGAAUAUGAUGAUAUUUCUAUACAAGUCACGUACCAUUUUCCACAA